GGAAUAUUAAUAUUACUAUUUGCUGUGAUGGACGUUCAGACCGAUUGCCAAAUAAGCAAAGAAAUGGUGGAGAAUACCAAUCGCAUAUUCACUUAUCGUGAUGAAAGAGGAGCCCUCCAACUGUUGCGCGCAGAGCCGGUGCCCAGUGGACUGAAGCUUUAUAUGGUGUGCAAUGAGAAGGAUGUAGUGGAGACCGAAUGCCAGGAUAAUGGCCGCUUUACGGUGGCCUUGCCCAUGAGCUGCAACUCGCCCAUGAAAACGAGCGUAAUGCGAGAAGGACGCAACUCUGACUGUCCUCAAACAUUGUACAUUGUGGGCUAUAUGUUGGAGGGACAACAACUGGAGCUCUAUCGCGCCUGCUACGAUGGGCAGAAUGGACGUGCUCUGUACUCCCAGAGCGAUGUCUACUUUAAGAGCUACUUUGCCAAACGACCCUGGGUGGACUUCGAUACGGAUCAGAUAGUUAAGCCCCUUGAGGCCGCUGCCUAUAUGAAGCAUCGGAUGUACGACGAAUUUCAACUUGUAUUUGGCAAGAAUCAACGGUAUUUGCCCAGCGCCAGAGAUUUGGUCAUCAAUCGCGGCCAUUUGGUGCCCUCGGCCGAUUUUCUCUUUUGUGAUCAGAUGGCCAGCACCUUUCGCUACAUCAAUGUGGUGCCGCAGUUCAAGAGCAUCAACGAUGGCAAUUGGGAAAAAAUUGAGCGUUGGCUACGCGGUCAGGUGACCGCCCAGCAGCCAUUUCGUAUUCGGACUGGCGGCAUCGAUAUCCUCAGGCUGCAGGACGAGAAUGGCAACGAGCGCAGCGCCUGCUUGGCCGACUCCAAGCUGCCAGUGCCCAAGUGGAUCUAUAAGGUGGUGCGAGAUAUUCAGGGCAAUGGACUCUAUGUCUUUCUCUCCUAUAACAACAUAUUCGAGCGACAGCCCACAGUGCGGCAGCUAGAAAAGCAAACUGACAAAAAGCAGAUACAGCAGGAGACAGUGGAAGAGCAGCUGGGACAGCUGGAGGAAGAGGAUAACAAUGAUGAGCUGGAGUUUCUGCUAGAGCAAGAUGAUAACUCCUCCGAUGCGGACGUGCGUCAUUUCAAAGUAGAGCGUAAGGUCAAACGUACCGCUUCACAAUCCUUGUCCCAAUCGCAGUCACAAAAUGAAAGUCAAAGCGAGGAUGAAUCAUUUAAAGUGGAGCCUUUUAAUUUUGUACUCAUUAAAGAAUCUGACAACAUUGGCGAUCUGCAUGAAUAUCUAUCGACCGUGGUCAAGACCUGCUUUGAGACUUUGCAGUUCAAUUGGGCCACUGUUUGCCGUCAUUGUUCGCUGAAAUGCAGCAAAUAUGAAACUCUGCUCAGCCACAUGCUGAAAUGCCAUCAGCUGGCCGAUGAGCGCUACAGUUGUCCCAUUGAAGGCUGCACGGCGGAGCUACAAGGACGCAAAUAUUUGGCCAUGCAUCUGGUGGUGCUACACGCACCUGUGGCAGAAAUACCCAUCUAUGGCAAGUGUCCCGAGUGUAAUAUGACCUUCUCCAAUAUAUUGCAAUAUAAUAAACACUCUUGCGCACACGUCAUUAAAAAGCGUCGCGGCAUGCGCUUAUACUGUGAGAUGUGUGGCCUGGAGUUUCCCUCGUGGAAGCGCUUUAAUUUCCACAAUCAAUUUCACUUGGAGCGUCACAGGCCGCGCGCUUGUUUCGUUUGCGAUUUUGCAGACAACAACAUUGAUGAGCUCUUCCGUCAUUUGUAUUAUGCGCACGAGCCGGAGGGCACACUCUUUUGUGAUCUCUGUGAUCGCAACUUUCGUGACGCUGCCGUCUUUAUGGAGCACAACAAAUCGCAUGCGAAUGUCAGCAGCACCACCUACAGCUGCUCGGAGUGCAGCGCCAACUUUGAGACACGCGGUCGUCUCAACGGUCAUCUGCGCUCCGUUCAUGGCAGCGUCAUCAGCUGCGAGUUGUGCAGCCGCGAGUUUGCCACAGAGGCGACCUACAAUCUGCAUAUGAAGACACAUUUGAUCAUCGAGCGUCAGGUGCACGUGUGCAGCGGCUGUGGACUGCUCAGCGAUAGUAAAGCGAAGCUGCAGGCUCAUGUGGAGGCGGAGGACUCGGCCUGCUUUGGCUUGGAGACCUAUGCGGAACUUUUACGCAAUGCUUACGUCUGUGAAUAUUGCUCGGAAUACUUCAAGCAGAAGAGCGAUUUGCGUGCCCAUCGCGACUCGGGCGUGCAUAAGGACGGAUUCUUCAUAUGCCAUCCGUGUGACAAGGCCUUUGCCGACAUGAAACUCUAUCGUCAUCAUUUGCGCAACUUUCAGCAGCAGCGCUCAGAUGUAUCGCAUCGCAAGCUAGAGAUAUGUCUCUACUAUAUGUGCGAUUAUGAGGAUUGCGCUGAGGCCUACAUUAACUGGAACUCGCUGUACACACACAAGCGACGUUCGCACGAUGCCAUUGCGAGAAAUGAGCCGCUGAUCAAGGAAAACGAAUGGAUCUGCCAGUUCUGCCAGAAGCAAUAUCGUUCCAAAAUGUCGCUAUCGGUGCAUGUGGCGCGUAGUCAUAAUAAUAAUAAUGUUGUAUGCCCCCUAUGCAAGGCCUCCUAUAAGGAUAACGAUGCCCUGACUAAACAUCACGCCUAUUGGCAUGAGCCCAUGGAAUGCAGUUUGUGCUUGAAAGUGGUUAAAAAUCGUCGCAAUUACGAUACACACAUGAAUGUGGUGCAUUCGAAUAACAAACGCUACUCGUGCAGCGUCUGCCAGAAGGGCUUCUAUCAUAAAAGCGAAAUGGAGGCGCAUCAGCGGCUGCAUAACCAAUCGUAUAGCUGCGACCAGUGCAGCUUCGUCACGCGGAACAAGAAGUCGCUGUCGGUGCAUGUGCUGGGCCAGCACUUCAAGCGGUUCGCCUUCGAGUGCAAGGCGUGCAACAAGCGGUUCGGACGUCGCCAGGGCCUCUCGAAUCACAUGCAGCGUGUGCAUGGUUCACGCUAUACGUGUCACGACUUCUUCGAUAGUGGAUGCAGCAAAUCUUUCAGCUCGACGACGCAAUUGAAAUUGCAUGUGCGUAAAGCGCACAAUGGCAGCAUUUACGUAGAAGAUGACACUGUGAAAGGCGAUGAACUAGAUGAUCUGGAGGAGCAGGAGCAGGAGCAGGAACAAGAGCAGGAACAAGAGGAGGAGCAGGAGCAGGAUCAGCAGGAUGAGCAGAAGGAAGUAAACAGCGACGGUCCGUCCUCAUCGAAGAAACGCUGCAUACGCAUCAACGCGAAUACGCAAAUCGAGUUUAUUGGAAACUCAUUGGAGAAUAAGGAAACGGAGAUGUUUGAGGAGCUGCACGAGCCCAAGCCGAAUAAGAGGCAGAGGCAAAAAUAAUAGAAGACUACAUCAGUAAU